GGUCAGAGGCCUCCCAAUCCAGGGCGUGGCGAGGAGAGUUUCCUUCUGCCUCUUGCGCCACUGACUUCAGUGCUGUCGGCAGAGCAGUCUCUCUCUCUCUCUCUCUCUCUCUUUGGGUCUCCCUCUCGGCUGAGUUUCAGAUUUCCUUUGCCUCACCUGAAGAAUCCCCGAAGCCAUGGCCAAGUAUACAAGAGGCACCGUGAAACCUUUUCCUGGCUUUGAUGCCAGAGCUGAUGCUGAGGCUCUUCGAAAAGCAAUGAAAGGCUUGGGGACUGAUGAAGACUCAAUCGUGAAGAUCCUAACAAGCAGAAGCAAUGCUCAACGUCAGGAAAUUGCUAUAGCUUUUAAAACCUUAUUUGGCAGAGACCUUUGUGAUGAUCUAAAGUCGGAACUCACAGGCAAAUUUGAGACGCUGAUGGUUAAUCUGAUGAGACCUGCACGAAUUUAUGAUGCCCAUGCAGUGAAGCAUGCCAUUAAGGGGGCAGGAACAAAUGAAAAAGUUCUGACAGAAAUUUUUGCUUCGAGAACACCUGCUGAAGUCCGGAAUAUAAAGCAGGUUUACGAGGAAGAAUAUGAAGCUAACCUAGAAGAUCAUAUAACAUCCGACACCUCUGGUUAUUAUCAAAGGAUGAUGGUAGUUCUUCUUCAGGCUAAUAGAGACCCUGAUGGCCCAGUUAAUGAGAAGCUAGUGGAGCAAGAUGCUCAGGAGCUGUUUAGAGCUGGUGAGCUGAAAUGGGGAACAGAUGAAGAAAAGUUCAUCACCAUCCUGGGAACUCGAAGUGUUUCUCACCUAAGGAAGGUGUUUGAUAAAUAUAUGACCAUCUCUGGCUUUCAAAUUGAAGAAACAAUUGACCGGGAAACUUCUGGAGCCAUGGAGAAGCUGCUUCUGGCAAUUGUGAAGUCUGUCCGAAGCAUCCCUGCCUAUUUGGCUGAAUCGCUUUAUUAUGCAAUGAAAGGAGCUGGCACUGAUGAUGAUACAUUGAUCAGAAUCAUAGUCUCAAGGAGUGAAAUUGAUCUCUUGGAUAUCAGGAAGGAGUUCAGAAAGAAUUUUGCAAAAUCGUUGUACCAUGCAAUUCAGAAAGACACAUCUGGGGACUACCGGAAAGGUCUCCUGCUGCUCUGUGGCGGCGAAGAUGACUAACUUAAGAGCAGUACAGAAGACAAGAGUCAUAUUCCUUUCCAUGUGCCUUCCUCUCUUAAUAUGGCUAAGCUUGUUGGCAUUUAGAGCUGCAUCCCUAUUAUAAAAAGCAAUUUACAAAUAUGUACUCAAGUGAUAAAAGUUACUCUUCCUGUUGAAAUUUCUAUUGGACCAUCUAUUUAGGAUUGCCACUGCUCAGCAAGGACCUUUUUUGUGGUUGCUGUUAUUAUUAUUGGCCUUGUUUGUAUUUCAAUGUAUUGUAUUUUAUACAUUAUUUCACUACACAUCCUUCCUUAAAAGUCAGGCCAGUCUUUCAGAAGCCAUUAGGUUGGAUUUGGACAAAACUAAUUGCACUGAAAUCCCUUUCAGUGGGAGACAUUCAUCCUCAUGGUUUACUUCCAUCCCAUUGAUUUCAGGGGGGAUGAAGUACAACCAUUUUUGGUUAAUCUUAAUUGCAAGUCUCAAGGAGAGUAGACCCACUGAAGCCAUGGCAUUUAGAUAAGUGUUGAUUAAUGAAGGAAUAAUCAAGCAAUCUUUUAGGGGGGGGGGAGUAAAUCCACAAACUGUGUGCACUUUUGAGUUCUCUAGAACUCUUUCCUAUUGCACAUUUUAUGACAUAGUAAAUUCAGUUUACGAUCUCAAAAAUGCAGGACAGGAUUUCAGCCAUCAUUUGAGAUUCAGCCUGUUAUAUCUACAUUCCUAACUAAAAAAAAGAAUUUAACAGAAAUUCCUCGUACAAAUUUACCUCUUUUCUUUGUAAAAUAGACAAGAAACUAGAAGUCUUAACUCCUUUUUUUGUAAAAGUGAAAGCAAAAUCCAUUCCAAGAAUUCAAACCAAUUUCCUUGAACCAUAUUUUGUACUUCAUUUAAUGCUAAUUUGAAAAAAAGCUUAUGCUAGUGGCUUUAAAAUUAUGAAUUGUGCAUAAACCAUCUUCCUGUAUUUGUAUUGUAUGGUGCUAUUAAAAAAGUGGAAAAUAUAA